UACUGACGUUCACCGCUUAGAAUAAUUAUUUGCGAAAACAUUCGAAUCUCUUAACCACAAAUUUAAUUUUUCACUUCAAGGCAGUUUUACAAGUCAGUAAAAACUCUGCAUUCUACCGUCGUUUUUGAAUUGAAGCAAUGGCGGAAGUGUUAAAAGCCUGCAAUGUAAUUCUAUGUUUCGAAGUAAUGCCCAACAUUAACCACCACCAGGAUGAUGAAAAAAACCUUCAUAGAAAAAGUCGUAUUUCUUCUACACAUGGCUGCCUGAAGAAGGCAAAAAACUACGAAUUUCACCAAGUUUCAUAUUGUCAGCAUGGGAAGAUGCCCACUGGAACUUGUGAAAGCAUCAUUAACAUCAAAUGAUAAGCUACAGAAAAGCACACGUCCCGUGCAGAACCGAUCAAACUUACCUCCAUCGUGCAGGACUGUGCACUCAUCGUCACCACAAGCGGAAGUGGACUCAAACGGAUCUCGCGGAGCAGCUUGAAACAAGAGAAGCUGUAGCAUCGCAGCUUCACUCGAUGGUCAAACCGAAAAGUAAUAGAUCCUCACUACCCAGUAGGCAUCAUAUUCCUUGCACGACGUUGUCGGCAGCAGAUUCAGAGGAUUAAACCCGACGUGGUGUUGGAUGUGGACUUCCGUUGCCUGUACACCUCCUGCGUAUCAAUCAGUGCUUGUCGUGCAUGAUAUAAAUCGUCGAGGACGUAUUGUAUAGACUGCAACGUUGCAAAGCGGCAGUGAACACGCAUCCAUCACCUUUCUGGACGAUGGAGUACUUUGCGUGAUUGAGCUCUACAGCUAGACAAGAUGCAGGAAGGUUAAGCUUUCGUCCGUAAGCGGGCGAUAGUGGAGAUGGUGGAGAUGGGGAGAGAAAAAGUGUAGAGGAGGAGGAGGUGGGGUGGUUCGCAAUUCAGUGCGUGUUGAGAGAGAUUGGGUGGAGAGAAGGAAAUUGCGGGCCUCUGAAAAGGAGAGACGAGAGCUGGCUGCGAGGAGGUUUGCAGUGCAAGAGGUAUGUGUGAUUUUGGAGGUUUUAAGGAGCGAGUUUAAUUGGAAGAAGAGCGAGGAGGAGGAGGAGCCUAACGCGGACAGUGGCGCAUCCUGUCUGCAACAGGCGAAAGUUCACACCUGAAGGAGCUGUAGCCAAUCAUUAUUAAUUGUUGCGGCGUGAAUAGCUUGUGUUCUUGUGCUCUUUUUCUCAGGGAUAUGACGACAAUUCCAGGGGAAAACGCCACAAAACCACUGCUGCAAGACCACGAAGGAACUUCUAAUGACGUGGAGCAUGGAGACUGGAUUGGAGAUAAGGAGAAAUUCAGUCGAACAUCAUGCUCUCCUUCUACUACAAAACUGGAAUUGCUCGAGUCUUUCGACGAUGGUCCAGUCGGUGUACUACAAUCUGAUGCUCAGACCGUCUUAAAUAUCGUGAACCUAUACGUUGGCGUAGGGUUACUGAGCUUGGGCUAUGCCUUUCGUCUCGGUGGUUGGAUCAGCUUGGUGGUGUUGACAGCGGUGAGCUAUAUCUUUGCGCACUCGGCAAAGCUAAUAUGUUGGUCAUUCGAUAAGGUCCCCAGAUCCAUGGUGCAAUCAUACCCUAAUUUGGGUACCACAGCAAUGGGAAAGCUGGGUCACUGGAUGGUGAUGGUGAUGGCGCUGGCAGAGUUCUUUGGAGCAUCCUGCAUGUGCUUGAUUAUUGUCUGGCAGUCUAUUGAGAUGCUUCUGCGUUCGGAAAUCCUGUGCCUGGGUUCUAUGUGCUUGUCGUCAAGGCAUGCAGUGAUAAUAGGAAGCACUGUGAUCAUGCUACCAGCUAUUUGGAUUCGAACUUUUUCACGGCUGACAUCCAUAAGCUUCUCUGGGGUUAUGUCCUCUUUGCUUCUGACUGCAGUGGUUGUGAUUUCAUGUGCAGCGGAUCCAAACCGUGAAGCAAUACAUGAUACUUCUAGCUUAUUUCAUGAAAGUGUCAACUGGGAACAUUUACCCAUUGGAGCUGGCAUACUGGUUGUCUCCCUCUCCGGUCAUGCGGGCCUACCUUCAAUGCGACGAAGCAUGAAGAAUCCACAAAACUUUGAGCAUUGCUUAAACGUGGCAUUCACUUUGAUGUUCCUCUUAUAUGCCACGAUGGGGUCCAUUUCGUAUUUCUACUUUGGAGGUGCUCUGAAGGUCUUGGUGACCGCAAACUUGAACGAAGCCUCUGGGGUGACGGGGUUUGUUCUGCUAAGUCUUGGCAAAUUAAGGAUUACUAUCAAUGAGGCGGUCACUGUACUGGUGGCUAUGAGCGCAUACUCAACAAUUCCUGCACUCAUAUAUGUUAUAGCAGAAUUGAUAAUGGACAUGAUUUAUGGAACUACCUCUUCCCAUCAGCAGAACCGUUCUCCAGGUGCAGCCGAUCUAAUCGCCAGAACGAUAGUGAUGGGCCUAGCCUACAUGGUGGCCAUCCUCGCGUACAAUGUGCUGGGAAGCGUGGAAUCCACUGUUGGGGGAGUGUGCUCAGUUUCAGUGUCUCUCCUACUUCCAUCCCUUUUCUACUACAAGUUGUACAAGGAGGAGCUGAGUGCCUCCAAGAAGGCCGCAGUACUUGGGAUGUGCUUGUUUGGUGUUGUGUGUCUUGUCGGCAUUGCAACCAUCAAUGUCCUGGAGCUCGCUAAUAUCAUCUUGGUGUGCGAGUAGACGAAGUAAAACAAAUUAGAUUGAUUUCGCUAUCAGCCUCCCACCAAACCUUUUUUCUGUCUGCCAUUCUCUGCAAAAGCAAGCAAAAUCUGACCCUGAGAAGCAUUGCUGAUUUACAUUCUGAAAUAGCCCCGUCAGGCCAGACAGAAUUAGCUCCCCUUCUGGCUCAAAAAAAUGUUCACCUACCUCAUGGAACAACCUUUAUACCAAUUCUGGAUCAGAGAACGGUGAUGUGCUUUUUUCAUUAUGCACCUUUAAGUAUGAGGUACAAGUACCUAUUGAGUGUA